AUGAUAGACACAGCUUUAGGUUUUAGCCUUCGUGGCUUACUAUACAAAGUCUGGGGCUUGCAGUCUACUCUCGAGGCAACAAAAGACGAAGAAGCACAGCAGAAGGAUACAAUCACAUCUGUCAACCAAGAUGCCCCUCAUUCGACACCCAAAGACGCUUCACGCAUUACAAACACUAUCGAAACGAGACAAGACGCUUCAGCGGAGACGAAGUCAUAUAUGGUCUACGCAUCCGACAUCCAUAAUGAAGCCCAAGUCAACGAAACGCGGACUUGGCUUGAAGGUCUGACCAAAGAUAAGUCCAAAAUGCGUGAGGAGACAAGGUUUCCAUGGGAUACACCCGAAGAUAUCCCAGAAGACGAGCUUGAUAACUACGAGGUGCCGUAUGCAUGGUUCUAUGUCAUGCUAGAUCAAGCAGGGUACCAAGAGGUCUCAGCGAAAAAGGAAUGGGUAGAGGGCAUUCAAGAUAUGACCACUAUCCACUCAAGCCCUAUGAUUGCUAUCCCCAACUUGAGUUCAAGGAUGACGAAGAUGCUAGAGUCUUUCGAGCGAGAUAAGGGCGAAGGAGCACCACGGGAUGAUACAGUCACGUCAAUCAACCAGUACACACACUCACAUGAGCCCAGAGAUGCUCCGCUCGAAUCUACCCCCGUUGAGGUGCGGCAAGACGCUCCGUCAGAGACCCUGACGUACACCGUCUAUGCAAGCGACAUCAACAACAAAGCUCAGGUUAAUGACACGCGCUCUUGGCUUAAGGGUCUAGUCAAGGACAAGUCCAAGUUACAUGAGGAGUUGGGGUUUCCCUGGGAGACACCUGAAGAUAUCCCUGAGGACGAGGCAAGUCUUCAACAUGACAGAUACAUAUGGGAUGAAGGGCUCGAUGAAAUGGAAGUGGUGCGUGCAUGGACAGGCGUCGUCUUGGAUCAGGCUGGGUACGAGGAAGUUGCGGCCAAGAAAGAAUGGGUAAAGGCAAUUGAGACUGGCUACCAAGUAGUCGAGAUGAGGGCACUUCCCGAAAUCGAAAAUAAAACGGCUCACAUCUUGGAAUCUCGGGAAUUUGAAUGGGGGGACUGGAAGAAACAGGAGAUGGCGGCACCGGAGUUAGUCCAGGCUAGCUGUUACGAAAGCGAUUUUGUUUACGAAGACAGAGCUGGAAAGGGAGUUUUCGUGUAUGUCAUAGAUACCGGAGUUCAGAUUGACGUGAAGAAUGAUGCCGACGAAAAGGUAUUUGCCGGCUUUGACAAUGAGGAGGACAACAGUGGGAUUCUCGAAACAAGACAGUUCCGCGAUCAAAGUGAGCUGCACAAUAUACGGCACGAUCAUUCCCCUAACGGCCACGGUACUAUGGUAGCCUCCAACAUCGUCGGGCAAUGGGGGACGGCGAAAGGAGCAACCUUGGUGCCAGUACAGGUCGUGAAAGGUGUCAACUAUGAUAUUGUCCAGGGAAUCCGCCUGAUCUGGAGACAUGUCGGAGCACACAAAACCUCGAAAGCGAUUGCAGUCAUGAGUGAAGGCAUAGAAUACGAGUAUCCAUCUGGCGCUACUAAAGGCAGGACGCGAGCAGAAGCAAAGAACACACAAAUCGGUAGAGAGCUGAUUCGCGAGAUCAACAUUCUGUUCUCGUAUGGAGUUCCCCUUGUUCUUUCGUCAGGCAACGAAGGCGAACAAGAAGGCCGACAAGUCAUUGACCAUAUGCCGCAAGUUUCGGAGGCUGAAGACUUCCCCCUUAUCAACGUCGGAGCGGCCACUCUUGAUGGUAAAGCAGCGCCCCUUUCGCAAGGUCAAGGCACGCAAGAUGGCACACAACUAAGUAUUUACGGUGUUGGCGUUGAUGUCCAAGUCCAUAACCAUGUAGAUGGUCCAACCAGGCAGAUCUCAGGUACAUCCUUUGCUGCCCCUGCCGUAGCUGGUAUCAUCGCCGUGCACAUGAACUAUCAGCCCUGGGACCAGAGCAAGAAAGGGAUCGAUCGAGUAAAGGAGAUCAAGCGAUGGAUCACCACAUCCGAGUCAAGCUGGGAGCGUGCCACAGAUCCCGACAAGCAAGUCAACAUGAUCUGGAAUGGCGCAGACAAAGCAGCCCACGACAGCGUUUCCAACAACCAAGCACCCGAAUCUUCCUCCCCAGUCCAAACGCGCACCUUUGUUGUCGGUCUCGAACAAACAGCAUCACCAGACUGCGAAAUCUAUACUCCCUGGGGCGUAAACCAACUUCCCUCCACCGUCUGCAAAGCGCUACCCAGAUAUGAGAACCGAUACUUCUUCUAUCGCCUCGAUGACAACGCACAAGAAGUCGACAGCCUGUGCACCUCUCUACUAAACGACUUCCACCAAGACAACCAAGGCGUUACAAAGGAUGAGAAUUUAUUCGAACACCCAACGUGGCCGGUAGGAGUAUGGACACUGAGUCUCUUUGGAGAGGAGUUCACGUAUAAGAAUAAUGGACAGAGUCCUGGGGCGCUGUUCAAGGGCGAGCAGCAAAUUGGUUGUACGGGGGAUCUGGGGAAUCAUGAUCCUAAAUCGGAUGAGUGGUGUGAGGAUAACUUGACCAAGUCCCAAGGUCGCCGUAGGAAGCGAAGGCGGCUUCUCGCUUGCGCGUGGUGA